GGCGCCCGCCCUGGGGGUGGGCUGCAGCCGGGCCGCGCGGAGCUGAGCGCGGGCGGGAUGCGGCCGCCGCCUGGGCCGUGGUGGCUGCUGCUCUGGCUGCCGCCCUGGGCCGCACGGCCCGCGGCCGCGGGGCGCGGGGAGGAGGCGGCGGCGGCGCUGUCAGCUCCAAGGUGUAAAACUCUGAAAGAAAUGGAUUUAAUUAAAACUUCUGAACCAGACUGUUACUGCUACAAUCAAAAUUCCCAAAUGGAAUGGAAAUACAUAUGGUCAACCGUGCAGAUGAAAAUUACCAGUUCAGGCCUGCUCAGUAUUGUAUACAUCACAGAAAGACAUAGUUGCCAGUAUCCAGAAACCAUUCUAGCUUUUAUCAAAUGUGUGAUUCAUAACUUUUGGACACCAACGGAGACUAACGAAAUAACCCUCAUCAUCAAUCCAUAUGGGAAGACCGUGUGCUUCUCUGUGAAGCCUGCCAGGAAGACAUUUGUCUAUACAAUAAGUGUGACUCGAAACACUGUGGAUUUCAAACUCUUCCUUGUGUUCUUGGCAGGCGUUUUCCUCUUCUUUUAUGCAAAGACCUUGAGUAGAAGCCCUAUUUUCUAUUACUCUUCUGGGACCGUGCUAGGAGUUUUAAUGACAUUAGUCUUUGUCCUCCUGCUGGUGAAAAGGUUCAUUCCUAAGUAUAGCACGUUUUGGGCUCUAAUGGUUGGUUGUUGGUUUGCUUCAGUUUAUGUUGUGUGCCAACUGAUGGAAGAUCUGAAGUGGCUGUGGUAUGAAAACAGAAUAUAUAUAUUAGGCUAUGUCUUGAUGGUUGGAUUUCUCAGUUUUGCUGUUUGUUACAAACGUGGGCCCCUUGCUGACGAGAGGAGCAUAAAUCUUCUGACGUGGACUCUGCAGCUCCUUUCCCUGCUUCUCAUCUAUUGUGGGGUCACCGUGCCUCACUUCUCCUACGUGGUCAUCACCCUCCUCCUGUGCUCCAGGGGUCUGCACUGCCCACUGAAAGCUUUCUGUUAUAUGAGGCGGAAAAUGAAGAACUGGUUCACAUCAGAAAAGCUGGUGGUUAAGCAUCUUACUGAAGACGAAUACAGGGAACAAGCCGAAGCUGAAACAACCAGUGCUCUGGAGGAGCUGCGCCAAGCCUGCCGCAGGCCUGACUUCCCAUCGUGGCUGGCCGUCUCCAGACUCCAGGCUCCUAAAAAGUUUGCAGACUUUGUUCUUGGAGGAAGCCACUUGUCGCCUGAAGAGAUCAGUCUUCAUGAAGAACAGUACGGCCUUGGGGGUGCCUUCUUGGAAGAGCAGCUCUUUAACUUGAGGACUGACAGUCUACCUGCGCACUGACUUCAUUCCGGACAAGGAAGUGGAUGCCUGUGCUCACCACGUUCACCUCCAAGAGGCAGUCUGUGAACCACAGCAUGUGUGUGUGGAUAACACACGAACAGUCUGCUCAGUCCCAGGGGACCUUCCAGCCGGGACAGCCACUGGGCUUCACCUGAGCCAGGGUGAAGUGAUGCUGAUGACAGGAGGAAGCAGCUCCUAGUGGGCCAACAAGCUAGGUGCAACCAUCACAAUAAAAACUACUAAGGAGAGAGAAAAAGAGCAACAGUCUUCCAGGAUAUUGUUUUUCAUUUUAUUUUUAGAGGAAAUCAUGAAUUUGUCAGUUUCUGUUAUAUGAGUACUGUGAGAAGCUAAACAAUUAAAAGCAUUA